UACAGUUGUUCUUUCGCGAAGUGCAGCAAUCUCAGCCAUGUCGCGCCUGGAUGACCUGGCGCACGCUUUGGCGGGGCUGGGUACUCGCUUGCACGACCAGCGCCUGGUGGCGCGGCCCCGAGACGUGGAGGAAGUGGCGGCGUGCGUCCGAGCGGCGAAUGGGGCGAAGUGCUCUGUCAGUGUGGUGGGCGGUAACCACAGCGGCUAUGGGCAGACGGGGGAUCUUGUGCUGGAGAUGUCGAACUUUACUGAGAUGCAAAGAGAGGGCAGCUGUUUGCGUGUAGGCGGUGGGGUCACCUUGGAGCCGCUGGCGCUCUUCGCGCAGGCGCAAGGCCUGGCGGCGCCGCUGGGCACCGCGCCAACUGUGGGCCUGGGCUUGGUGCUGCAGGGGGGCGUCGGCCACCUCACACGAAGCCGAGGCAUGUCGGUGGACUCGGUGCGCGCCUUGCAACUUGUGACCUGCACCGGCCGUGUCGUCGAGGUGUCCGGCGACGAAGAGCCGGAGCUCUUUGCGGGGGCCAAGGGCUGCGCGCCCAACUUUGGGGUCGUGGUGUCCCUGACCCUGGAGGCAGCCCCCUUCCGACUUUGCGCCUCGGCACGGCGCGUCUUCCCCGCGUCCGGCGCAGCGUUGCGGACGUACAUGGCCUGGGCCGCCAGCCUCCCGAACGACUGCAGCGCUGACUGCUGCCUGUACUUCAGGGACGAGUCCGCCCUGCCCGGCGAAGGGGACCUCCUUAUGGGAGUCUACGACUUUAACUUCGAUGCCGGCGCCUCGGGAGAAGUUCCGCUGGAGAAGGUGCUGUGGCAGACUUCCAGGGAGAGUCUGGGGCCCAAGGAGCUCAUGGCCCACGAGCCAUAUCUCCUAGAGCAGCCGGAGGGCAUUUGCAAGACGGGGUGCCUCAGCACGCGGAGCUUCUUCGUGCGAGCGUGUUUUGUCCGGAAAGACGCAGACAUUGCGGACGUGCUGGUAGAGUGCCUCGAACAGGCCCCGAGCCGGCACUGUUUUGUGCACUUCCAGCACACGGGCGGCGCCGUGGCCCAAAGCAGCGGCGUCUUCGCAGCGGCGGAGUGGUCCGUGGUGAUUUCCGGGGCCUGGGAGGAGAAGACGGAGGCGGCCGCGGCUGCAGUGAGGGCCUGGGUACUGGGCAUUGUGCAGCGCUUACUGCCCAGCAGUUCGGGCACUUACGCUACAGACCUCGGACCGCAGGACGAUGUGGCGCUGGCGAAGCACAGCUUCGAGCCACAGCGCCUGGAGCGCUUGCUGGACCUUAAGAGGAAGUGGGAUCCGGAGAACAUGUUCAGGCAUGGCUUUCCUUUGGCGCAGCUUGGAGAAGACUGACCUUCUCGGUGAUCGCCCGGUGACGUCCCAUUCGCCAAGCGCGUCCCGGGCUCGCUUGGCGAGCGACCCUGAACCUUCCAGCACGUGCUCGGAACUGGCCCGCGGCGAAUCGGCGUGACGAGGAAGGGAGCCGCUCUUGCGGUUCUUGACAGAGGCGAAAAAGCAAGUGGAGCCUUUGGAUCGGCUGGGGAGUGGCUGAAAGAUAGGAACCAGCAGAGCCUCCAG